AUGGCAGCAGAGAGGGUGGGACCAAUUCCUUUGGAGUUCCGGCUCUGCAGCGCUUGCGGGAUUCCAGUUUAUGUACACGUUUUUCUGGUGGGCUUCUUUGUGUGGCGGCUCUCUGACGAAGAGGCGGCAGCCAAGCGAAGUCAGGGUCUGCCGAACUACAAGAAGGCGGCAGAAAUCGCGUUGACGUGCAGCAUCAGCUUCAUCGUACUUUUCCUGACGGUCCUCAUCCACGAGCUGGGCCACUGUGCAGGAGCCAAGCUGGUCGGAGGUCGGGUCUCCCGCAUCCUGCUCUGGCCGCUAGGUGGCUUGGCCUUCUGCAGCAGCGGCGGGGGUGCAAAAGGCGACCUCUUGGUGGCCUUGGCUGGACCCCUCACACACGCGCCGCAGUAUCUCGCCUGGCUUAGCCUGUACAGGCUGGCUGUUCACUCGCAGGAAGAGCUUGGCAGCUGGGCGCCGACAGUGCGAGGUGUCUGCCAUGGUGCCAUGCACCUCCAGAUUAUCCUCGUCGUGUUUAACCUUCUGGUGCCCGUCUAUCCACUCGACGGCUCGCAGGUGAUCAUCUCACUUUGCCGUCUUUGCGGCGCCUCCCAGCGCAGUGCUGGCUACUUCAUGGUGGCGCUGUCAUUGCUUUGCAUGGCAGUGCUCCUGGCCUCCAUGAUGGGAGCUCUUCACCUACCGGUCCUCGUGUUUGGCUUCAGCGGCUUCAAUCUGCUGUUGCUCUUCUGGCUAGCUUUCCAGACCUACCAGCUUUACAGAGGACUCUGCCGGCGUUCGGAGCAUGAGCACCCACUACUGCGUCAAUUCCAGGAAAACCCUGACGCCAGCUGUGAGCGUGAUGCGUAG